UAUAAAUUACAAUAGUAUAAAUUAGAAACCCAUCCAGUUGUCUGACGAUACAUUAUAUUAAAUUAUAUGUGCAUUUGCCGUUUUCAAUUCGAAAGGCGACCUAUUCUUAAGUGUAACCAGCCGCAUUUGCCAUCACAAUGUUUGACAAGAUACUAUCGUCAUUCAGCUACGUCCAGCUUUUUCUUCUUUGUUUGCAGCUAUCGAACUUCGUGUCCUCAACUCAAGUAUACUCAUAUGAAAAUUUGUUUCACGGAAAAAUAACAGAAAACAACGAACUAGACCAAUACUCCACGACAGACUCCCAUCUAAUCGAAGUAAACAAAUCUGUGACAUUCUGGUUGUAUACAAAAGAGCACCCCGAAUUCAGUCUCAGGCUGGUGCCCAACGACCCAACGUCGUUGUCGUCAUCGGGUUUCAACGGCAGUAAACCGACUAAAAUCUUGAUACACGGUUGGUUGGGUGACAGUGAAAGCGAGCAGAGCGUCUGUUUGACUUUGAAGUCUGAAUAUUUUGCAUUGUUCGAUUACAAUGUGGUGUGCGUGGAUUGGAGUGUUAUUGCAUUGGAUUUUCCGUACUUUACGGCCUGGUUGCGUUGCAAAGAAAUCGGAAACUAUAUAGGGGAAAUGAUAACGACGAUUACGGAAAACACGUCUCAGACCAAUGACCAUAUACAUAUAAUAGGUUUCAGCAUGGGCGCCCAUAUUGCUGGUUUCGCCGGUAAACGGCUCGGAGGAAAAGUACAUAGGAUCACUGGCUUGGAUCCCGCCAGGCCUUUGUUCUUCAGUAAACAUCCUACCGAGAGACUUAACCAAACCGAUGCGCAAUUUGUGGAUAUCGUGCACACGACAAGUUUGGUGUUGGGGCAGCAUAAACCGAUAGGAAAUAUCGAUUUCUAUCCGAAUGGCGGCAUCACCAGACAACCGGGCUGCAGAUACGAUUACGUGUACGGCGAGGUGUGCAGUCAUUUUAAAUCCUAUGAGUUUUAUGCGCGGUCCAUCCGGUCUAGAGACGAGUUCAAAUCGAUCAAAUGCGACAAAUGGAAAGAUUACGAGCAGUCCAAAUGCGAAGAUUCUGAGAAUUACACGUACAUGGGUGAAUACGCAAAUUUCAAUUUUUCUGGCAGUUAUUAUUUAUCGGUUCCGUAAGCUGCAGUAGUGCCGAAUGUAUCCGUUAUAAUCAUACAAAUAUUAUUAAAAUUUUUUUUUUUAAAUGGUUUUGUCUAUACAUUAAUUAAUAUAAUACGCAUAAUAACUACAUCAGUUUUACAAUGUUAUGGUGUAUGUU